CCGGCCACCCCUCGCCCGCUGGCUACCUUUUCUGGCGGAGACUCGACCAUCAGGGUUCGCCCGGAGGAACUUUCUAAUGUUUCUGGUCCACUACGCAGGCCUGACCCCUCUGCCCUUCGACCCCGCCCCGAGCCCAGCCGGGGUCCCAGCCCUGCCCGAGGGUCCCGGGGACGGCGAGCCCGGCAAGAAGAGGAGGAGGAGGAUGAGCACGGCCACAGACGGCGGGAGGAACCUGACCCCCGAAUCCACCCCGAUGGGGCUGCCCGCGACGGACCCCGCGGCCUGGACCACAGCCAUGACCAACCUGGGGCUGGCACCCCUGGGGACCCCGGGACACCCGCUUCUGCCCGACUUGGACCCCGCCGUGGGAGUGAUGAGCGGAGUGCCCCCCAUCAACCCGAUGAUGCCCGGCCUGGCGGUCAUCCCGCCCCCCGUCCCGCCCGACGGUCCCGUCGCCAAGGAGAUCAUCCACUGCAAGAGCUGUACCCUCUUCCCGCCCAAUCCCAACCUCCCUCCUCCGGCGACCCGAGAGAGGCCCCCGGGGUGCAAGACGGUCUUCGUGGGCGGCCUCCCGGAGAACGGCACGGAGCAGAUCAUCGUGGAGGUGUUCGAGCAGUGCGGUGACAUCAUAGCCAUCCGCCGCAGCAAGAGGAACUUCUGCCACAUCCGCUUCGCCGAGGAGUUCAUGGUGGACAAGGCCCUCUACCUGUCGGGCUACAGGAUCCGCCUGGGGUCCAGCACGGACAAGAAGGACACGAGCCGCCUGCACGUGGACUUCGCCCAGGCCCGGGAUGACCUGUACGAGUGGGAAUGCCGCCAGCGGACCCUGGCCCGUGAGGAACGCCACCGGCGCCGCCUGCGGGAGGAGAGCACGCGCCCGCCCUCCCCGCCUCCCGUCGUCCACUACUCCGAGCACGAGGCCGGCCUGCUCACCGACAGGCUCAAGGACGAGGCGCAGUUCUUGGGGGCGGCCCAUACACUGCUGACGUGGAUGGAGCGGGGCGAGGUGAGUCGGCGCAACGCCAAUAGCUUCUACUCCAUGGUCCAGGCCGCCCACGGCCACGCCCGACGCCUCCUGGCCGACAAGGCCGACCACGACCGCGCCCUCGACCAGGCCCGGGAGCGCUUCAAGGACGCCCUCGCCGCCAUCCUGCUCCAGUUUGAGCAGAUAGUGGCUGUCUACCGCUCCGCCUUCAAACAGAAGGCCUGGGAUCAUUUCACCAAAGCCCAGCGCAAAAACAUCCGCAUGUGGUUCAAGCAAGCCGAGGAAAUCCGCAACAUCCACAACGAAGAGCUCAUGGGCAUCCGCAGGGAAGAGGAAAUGGAAAUGUCAGACGACGACAUCGAGGAGUCGGCCGUGGGCACCAAAGACGGGGAAGAACCCGCGCCCGUGUGCCAGGCAGAGGCCCUGAAGGAGGAGAACGACAGCCUGCGGUGCCAGCUGGACGCCUACCGCAAGGAGCUGGAGCUGCUCAAGCAGGAGCACGGCCGCCACCCCCGGGACCAGCAGCUGCAGACCCUGAAUCAGGCCCUGCACGGCAUGCAGCAGCACCUCCUCAAAGUGCGGGACGAAUUUAAGAAGAAGGAGACGGAACUGGAGGCCGUGAAGGGGGACAAGUCCCAGGCGGAGAAGCUCCUGGCGGCCCUGAAGGAGCAGCAAGCGCUGGCAGCCGAAGAGGACCGGGACAGAGACGCGGCCGGGGACCAGGGAGAUGACGGCGGCGGCGGCGACCUCAGGCUGCGGGCGGCGGGCCAGGAGCGGGAGGCCCCGGCGGACCGAGCGGCGGCCAGCAGCCCGGUGCGUUCGGAGCGGGAAGCGCUCUUAGUAGGUAUCAUAUCCACCUUUCUGCACGUGCAUCCUUUCGGAGCGAGCAUCGAGUACAUCUGUUCCUACCUCCAGCGGCUCGACGCCAAGAUCUGUCCCGGAGAGGUGGAGGCCCUCCUGACCCGGCUGCCCCAGACCUUCCGGCAGGAGACCAGCGGGGUGGGAGCCAGCCUGGAGAAGCGCUGGAGUUUCUGCGGCUUCGACGGACUCAAGAGGACCUGAAAGCCCCCCGUCCCCGCCGCCCGGGACCCGGAAAACCAAGCUCUGCCCACCGGGAAGGGGGACGGACCCCCAACUUCCAGCCGCAACGCUCCCCGGCCCGAGGAGGGGAAGCGGAUCGCCGGGGGCCGGGCUCACGGACGGCCCGGGUUUGGGACGCCCGUGUCCCUUCGUCCCCCCCUCCGCGUCCGCCUCGCGUCUUCCCGCCGGUGGCCUGAGCGUUUCGACCGGCGGGGAAAUCCCGGCCCGACAAGGCCGCGUCGGCCACGACCGCUUCCAGCCGGGACGCCGACGGGCCGGUCGGACGGCGGGGCGCGGGCCCCGAGAAGGAGAACCGUCGGGUUUCAUCUCGUAGAAAGCCGAAAGAAAAACCGUCGAGGAGAGCCUCCCAUCCCGCCUCCAAUCCCGCAUCCUGUGGGAAUAUCGGUCAUCUCCGGCCCUCCUU